GUGCCCGCCGCCUGAAGGCUGCCCGGGGCGCGGAGCCGGCGCCGGCGCGGCGCGGGCGCAGGAGGCAUUCUAGGCGCGAUGUCGGUGCCGCUGCUCAAGAUCGGGGUUGUACUCAGCACCAUGGCCAUGAUCACCAACUGGAUGUCCCAGACGCUGCCCUCGCUGGUGGGCCUCAACACCACCAAGCUCUCGGCGGCCAGCGGCGGGACGCUCGACCGCAGCACCGGCGUGCUGCCCACCAACCCUGAGGAGAGCUGGCAGGUGUACAGCUCUGCCCAGGACAGUGAGGGCAGGUGUAUCUGCACGGUGGUUGCCCCCCAGCAGACCAUGUGUUCACGGGAUGCCCGCACGAAACAGCUGAGGCAGCUACUGGAGAAGGUGCAAAACAUGUCUCAAUCCAUAGAGGUCCUGGACAGGCGGACUCAGAGGGACUUGCAGUACGUGGAGAAGAUGGAGAACCAGAUGAAAGGGCUGGAGUCCAAGUUCAAACAGGUGGAGGAGAGUCAUAAGCAACACCUGGCCAGGCAGUUCAAGGCGAUAAAAGCGAAAAUGGAUGAACUUAGGCCUUUGAUACCUGUGUUGGAAGAGUACAAGGCCGAUGCCAAAUUGGUAUUGCAGUUUAAAGAGGAAGCCCAGAAUCUGACGUCAGUGCUUAACGAGCUGCAAGAAGAAAUUGGCGCCUAUGACUACGAUGAACUUCAGAGCAGAGUGUCCAAUCUUGAAGAAAGGCUCCGUGCAUGCAUGCAAAAACUAGCGUGUGGCAAGCUGACGGGCAUAAGUGACCCCGUGACCAUCAAGACCUCCGGCUCGAGGUUUGGGUCCUGGAUGACGGACCCUCUGGCCCCAGAAGGUGAUAACAGGGUCUGGUACAUGGACGGCUACCACAACAACCGCUUUGUCCGCGAGUACAGAUCGAUGCUGGCCUUCAUGACCACGGACAAUUUCACGUCCCACCGCCUCCCGCACCCCUGGUCCGGCACGGGGCAGGUGGUCUACAACGGCUCCAUCUACUUCAACAAGUUCCAGAGUCACAUUGUCAUCAGGUUCGACCUAAAGACAGAGACGAUCCUCAAGACGCACAGCCUGGACUAUGCCGGCUAUAACAACAUGUACCACUACGCCUGGGGCGGCCACUCGGACAUCGACCUCAUGGUGGACGAGAACGGGCUGUGGGCUGUCUAUGCCACCAACCAGAACGCUGGCAACAUCGUCAUCAGCAAGCUGGACCCCGUCUCCCUGCAGGUGCUGCAGACCUGGAACACCAGCUACCCCAAGCGCAGCGCCGGCGAGGCCUUCAUCAUCUGCGGGACCCUCUACGUCACCAACGGCUACUCGGGGGGCACCAAGGUCCACUACGCCUACCAAACCAACGCCUCUACCUACGAGUACAUCGACAUCCCCUUCCAGAACAAGUACUCGCACAUCUCCAUGCUGGAUUACAACCCCAAGGACCGCGCCCUGUAUGCCUGGAACAAUGGCCACCAGAUCCUCUACAACGUCACCCUCUUCCACGUCAUCCGGUCUGAUGAGUUGUAAUCCCCUCGGCCUGGAAGCGGAGGGUCCGAGCCCUCACCCACCUGGAAAUUCCUGUGGAACAGCUGCCAAGUUAACAUUGGUGAGACGAACAAGGCUAAUUUGGAAAAAUCAGCAGCAGCGUGGACUCCGGCAUCACGGGGUGGCGUUGCCCUCGUGUUUCUGCAGCUCCGGCCGGUGUGGGAAGAAGCCCCCGUAUUUACGGCUGGAACUGCAGCCCAGGGCUCCCCGGUUCCCCCGCCCUGGUCCCCUUUCUGGUCAAUAUACUCGAGAAGUAAGGCACUGACUGUUGGCCAAUUCUCACCGAGAACAACCCACUGUUAGGCUCGCAUGGACUUGUCCGUAGAUCAUGGUCAGCUCGACGGACCUGAGUGUCGUGUCUCAUUGAAGCCCCCCCUCCCCCGGGCCUUGCUCGGCGGCCGAGGGGGCCGCGUAGGCUAGUGUAACUCGCAUCUCAUCACCGCUGCCGUCCUUGACCACGUGUUGUGUCUUAGAUGAACUGUGCUGAGGCUCCGAGUAGCCCGUGGACCCGAGUUAGUCCCCGAGAGCGGUGGCCGGCGUGUGUGGCCUGGACAGGCCCAGUGCCACACCGUUCGAAUCCGCGUACCCCGUAGAUACAUCGUGCAAUGUCUGUCUGUCGUUUCCUCGAGGUGGUGACUUGUCUGUUUAGUUGAUGCCGUGAAUGUUGUAAAUGCAAUGCCGUAGUUUGGAUUAGUAAGUGGGUGGUUUUUGUUUCUAAAGAGAAAUAAAAAACACACAUCAAUGUUCGCCCUUAUAGAGAGAUGAUCAAGUUCACGUUGAUAAUCAUGAAAGGAAAUAUCCUCUUCUUGUUAAAUUAUCUAAAUAGUGUAACCACAGAUGAGAAGGGCUCAUCUAGGGAAACUUCGGUUUCCAACGGGAAAGAAACGCUCCUGAGGGCAACAGUGUGCGGAAAGUACGUUUUUUAAGUAAAAAAGAGGGAAACUUUGUACUAUCCGGUUAUCUAAGGAACAAUAAAAAUAUU